CGACCUUGUCAGAGCCUAUAAAGGUCCCUGUUGCUUGUCCAGCGUCUACUCGCGAGUUCUACCUGAAGCGCGACCGUCCACAAUGAAACUGAUCUUGGCUUUGUCCGCAUUUGUUUGUGCGACUUUGGCCGCGCCGUCGAGACCUAUAGUGGUGCCGGAGCUGCCUCACGCUGUUCACGCCACCCCCAUAGUUCACGCCGCCCCCGCUGUUCACGCCGCCCCCGCUGCUGUGGUCGCCGCCCCCGUAGCCGUAGUCUCCAGCCAGUCCCACGCCCAGGAUGAGCUCGGUCAGUACAGCUACAGCUACAGCAACCCUCUCUCCUCCAAGGUGGAGACCAAGACAGUUGACGGUAUCACUAGAGGAGGUUACUCCUACCUCGACUCCCACGGCCUCGUCCAGAGUGUCAACUACGUCUCUGAUGACGUGAACGGUUUCCGUGUGGCCGCCUCCAACUUGCCCCUAGGACCGGUGACGCCGCAGCAUGACGAGCCCCUGGUAGCUGCUGAGAAGGCCAAGGCAGUCGCUGCCCUGCACGAGGCCGCCGCCCAUGACGCCGCGAUUGCCCACGAGAACGAAGUGUCCCAUGGCCCAUCACCAGUGUUCGUGGAGGCCCCCGUAGCCCACGGUCCUGCGCCCACUGUUUUUGUACCUGCUGCUCCCGCUGCCCCUUCUACUCCGGCCCCACCAGAGGUACACGUAACUCCCGCACCCAUCACCUAUGUAUCUCCUUCUGCUGCUCCCGUGGUCUCUGUAACUCCAGCUCCCUAUCACGCUCCUACCCCUGCACCCUACGUAGCCCAUGUCACUCCAUCCUCAUACGCUGCUCCCGCUGAGCACGCUCACUCAUAUGCCACGGUGGAACUCGACUCCUCUGACUUCCCUCCACCUUCACCACAAGUCUACUUCCACCCCUCCUCCGUGGCUGUUCCACACGAUGCCGCUCCUUCGCCACAACCUACCGUCGUCCCUGUUGUUCCUGCAGAACCUUCUCCAACUCCAGUGAUUGUCGCCUCACCCUCACCCUCUCCAGUGUCUUACGUUUCGCCUGAGGUUCAUGUCACCCCGGGCCCAGCUCUUCCUCUGGCACACGCUGCCCCCGCUUUUCACGCCACCCCCGUAGUUCACGCUGCCCCCGCUGUUCACGCUGCCCCCACUGUUCACGCUGCCCCCGCUGUUCACGCCACCCCCGUAGUUCACGCCGCCCCCGCUGUUCACGCCGCCCCCGCUGCUGUGGUCGCCGCCCCCGUUGCCGUAGUCUCCAGCCAGUCCCACGCCCAGGAUGAGCUCGGUCAGUACAGCUACAGCUACAGCAACCCUCUCUCCUCCAAGGUGGAGACCAAGACAGUUGACGGCAUCACUAGAGGAGGUUACUCCUACCUCGACUCCCACGGCCUCGUCCAGAGUGUCAACUACGUCUCUGAUGACCACAACGGGUUCCGAGUGGCAGCCUCCAACUUGCCGACGGCCGCGGUGCCCGUGGACAUCCCUGACAGCCACGACGUGGCUGCAGCCAAGCAGGUGUUCUUCAGCGAGUUGGCCAGAGCUAAGGCAGCUGCGGAGGCGGCCCCUGAUCCACACGCUCACGAGUACUAGACAGUAGACAGUAGACACUUCAGCUGUAGACCACACAGCACAAUCCUUCUAGAAUAGCAAAGAUAAAUUAUAUCGAGCCAUUUAAGAUGCCAUCAUUUUUCGUUAUUAAAUGUAGGACAAAUCAUUAUGACUGAUCCACCGUUCGUUUAUUAUUUGUACGAACACGCGUUCAAUUCGAGCUAUAUGGAUAUCACUCAUGUUAAAAUAACUAUAAAUAUAAAUUGCUGCUUGCAAAGUAAAAUUUACCGCAAUACAAUGUUCCAGUAGUUGAGUGGUGGCAAAAUUGUUGUCUUGUGUAGUGCAAGCAUUACUUUUGAUAGCCACAUUAUAUACGACAGUACACUGUUCAAAAUACACUGGAAAUUAUCGAAUCUUGUCAAUUGAAUAUGUAAUCAAUCACUCAGCUUUGUUCUGCAUUUAUUAACUUUAAGUCCUUCGCAACUCAAUACGACCUAAGCUUGUAGUAAGUAAUUGUAUUUUGUACUUAUGUUAAGUAAUUUAAGCAAAUGUGAUAAUAAUUUAUGUCUUGAGUAGUAUUUUAAUAAAAUAUUAAUGCAA